UGGGACUCUUCCAGCUAAGCAUGGGAGGAUGGAGGAUGGCAAUAGAUGAGGAAAAUGCCUGGGGUUCUGAAGACAGCAUGCGGGGCCUGCAGGAGUGCAAGCUGAGGCUCAUCCUGGCAGGAAGGACAGGGGCAGGGAAGAGUGCCACUGGGAACAGCAUCCUGGGCCAGAGGUGCUUCUUCUCCAGGCUGGGAGCCACCUCGGUGACCAGAACCUGCGAGGUGGGGAGCUGCAAUUGGGGUCAGUGGCAGGUGGAAGUCAUGGACACCCCGGACCUUUUCAGCUCCCAAGUCCCCAAGACAGACCCAGGAUUCCAGGAGCGGACGCGCUGCUACCUGCUGUCGGCACCAGGGCCCCACGCAGUGAUCCUGGUGACUCAGCUGGGCCGCUUCACGGCGCAGGACCAGCAGGCCCUGAGCGCGCUCAAGGACCUGUUCGGGGACAGCGUGACGGCACACACCAUCGUGCUGUUCACACGCAAGGAAGACCUUGCGGGGGGCUCGGUGCAGGAGUUCGUGCGUGACACGGACAACCGCGCACUGCGGAGGAUGGUGGCCGAGUGCGGAGGCCGCGUGUGCGCCUUCAACAACCGGGCGGUGGGCGCGGAGCAGGAAGCCCAGGUGCAGGAGCUGCUGGGGCUGGUGGAGCGCCUGGUGGGGAACCACCCCGUUGUCCCCUUCACCAACGAUGUGUACCACCUGGCGCAGGCGCUGGCUGGUGUGGACCCAGAGGAGCGGAGGCGCAGGGUGGCGGAGAAACUGGCUGGAAGCAGGGGGCACUGGAGGGGGCACCAGCUGCUGGUUCGGCUGCAGGCUUGUGUGCCACCCUGGAAGAUGUGUGCGGCCCUGGUGCUGGGUGCAGUCUUUCUCCUGUUCUGCCGGCUGCUGGCCAGACAAGGGCCUGAGCCCUAAGUCCGUCCUGAGUGACAGGCUGUAAACAGGACUGUGACUGGUCACUUGACC